AUGUCAGAUCAAGAUGGCAUUGAGACUCCAGUAAUAACUGAAGCAACCUCCAUUCUUGAGGAUGGGAACUAUGAUCCAGCAAAGAAUUCUGAAUCUGUUGAUCAAUGCACUAAGCCAGAGAGUAAAUCAGAACCUGUAGCUUCUACUCGGAAAAGACCAGAGGCCAGAUCUUCGAAUGACCUUGAGACUUCAGCAGUUCUCCCUAGUCAAACUUCACAGGCUGUAGGAAAAGAUUCUGUUUCCAAAGAGGUAGCCCAGACUGGAUGGGGCUACUGGGGGAGCUGGGGCAAGUCCUUACUUUCCUCAGCCUCAGCUACAGUAGCAACAGUAGGACAAGGUAUUUCAAAUGUCAUUGAAAAAGCAGAGACUUCUCUUGGAAUUCCAAGUCCCAGUGAAAUUUCAACUCAAGGUCAAUAUGCAUCAGGAGAGACAAAUGUCAAAGAGAAUGAAAAGGUAUCCCCGCUGGCUGGGCCAUUUGGUGUCUUCUCCACCAUCUCUACUGCUGUUCAAAGCACAGGAAAGAGCGUUAUCAGUGGUGGUUUGGAUGCCUUAGAAUUCAUUGGGAAAAAGACAAUGGAUGUAAUAGCAGAAGGAGAUCCUGGAUUUAGAAAAACCAAGGGACUGAUGAACCGAAAUUCUACGUUAUCUCAGGUGUUACGAGAGGUCAAAGAGAAAGAAGAGCUGGGGACCUCCAAUGAGGUUACCAUGGAAACAGACAAGAAAACUUAUUAUGGGCUACUCUUUGAUGAAUUUCAAGGCCUUUCUCAUCUAGAAGCUCUGGAGAUGCUUUCUGGAGAAAGUGAAAUAAAGGUGAAAUCUAUUCUUAAUUCUCUGAGUGGAGAAGAAUUAGAGGCUCUAAAAUUUGAAUUAGAGCAACUCAAAGAAGCAUUUUCACUAGCAGAGUUCUGUGAGGAGGAGGACGAAGAAGAGGAAAAAAAAGAGAAUGAAGACUUUACAAAAGAAAUGAUGGAGCUGUUUUCCCAGCUGCAAGUAUCUUCUAACCCAGAGAAACUGACCAGAGCCAGGAAUACCAUCAACGAGUGGAUCACGACAUCUCUUACCCAGCCAUUAGCUGAAAAAUCAGAAGAGGAAAAAUAUUUGGAGAUACAAAGGACUGAACAGAUCAAUCAAAACUCAAUAGAGGAUAUCCAUGCAUUUGCAAUCCGGAGCCUAGCAGAACUGACUGCUUGCUCAAUUGGACUGUUCCAUAAAACAGCAGCAUUGGUUCUACAUGGUCAGAAGCAGGAAGUGACAGCUGUAGAAAGGAGCAGAGCUCUUUCCCAGAUGACAGUUGUAUUGUGUAAAGAGCUGUCCACUCUGUCUAAAGAGUUCACCACCUGCCUUACAAGGACUGGGGUCAAAGAAAAGGCAGACAUUCUUAACCCGAUAAUCACUGCAGUAUUUCUAGAGGCAUCAAACAGUGCUUCCUACAUUCAGGAUGCCUUUCAGCUACUCUUACCUGUGCUGGAGAUCUCUCUCAUCGAGAGCAAGACUGAAUUGCCACAGGCAUGA